AUGGACCAUGCGCAAUCAUCGCCAGAGACCGGUCACGCUGUGCCAAACGGCGUCCACGACGCCAUCAACGGCGACAAACCGGCUGAGCUCAUCGUCAAGCCCGACGUCAACGGUGUUUCCCAACAAAAAUUAAAUGGUGCCGCCCACACCGACUUUUCCCCCGCUGCAGACUCGCCCGCCACCCCCGUUUCCUCUGGCCCCGCCCCUGAUGUAAAAAUCGAUCUCGAUUAUCAGGAGCAGGAGAGCGAUGUCCGCAAUGAGCCCAUGCAAAUUAAAUCCAUGGACGACGCCUUUAAUAAGCCGGAGCCCCAGGUCCCUGUCGUCUCUCAGCUGCCCCUGCCCGUCGACCAAACCUCCGUCCCCUCUGCACCACAGGACAUCAAGAUGGACGACCAACCCACACAGUCCAACUCCAACGACACGAACGAUGCCCAGCCAGCCCACACUAACGGCGAUGUCGAUAUGAAGGAUGACCACGACUACGCGCCGCCUCCUCCCCUAUCCACAGACGCCUCCAUGGCCACCUCAGACCGCCAGUCGCCCGUUCCCUACACACCGCGGGAGCGUCCAGGCCCUGGCGAGGAGGAGGAUGGGCAACCGCCAGCGAAGCGGCCAAGGGUACACUCUGACGCCGAUAAAGCGUCUAUGACACACUCCGCCACUCCUCCCCCAGCGUCGGCUGCUGUCUCAAAUGCUGCAAGUCCAAUCCCACCUGCACCACCGUCGACUGCUCCAGCCCACAACUCUGUGGCCCCUGCGCCAUCGACGUCGACAGCUGUCCCACGUUCGCCGGGCACCUCGACGAUGUCACUCGCGCAAUGGAAAUAUUGCGGGUCAUGCAUACGAUCGCUGAAGAAGCUCAAAGACUCCAUUCCAUUCCUCAAGCCCGUGGACCCCGUCCAGCUGAACAUCCCGCACUACCCUUCAAUUAUCAAGCAUCCCAUGGAUUUUUCCACCAUCGAGCGAAAACUCAAUUCUUCAAACCCUGUGAAACCCGACCCCAACCCGGAUAAUCCACGAUACUUGACCGUUGAAGACUUUGUCAGCGACGUUCGACUUGUUUUCACUAACUGCCUGACGUUCAAUGGACCAGACCAUGUUGUGACUCAGAUGGGCAAGCGGGUGGAGCAAGUUUUCGACAAGCAUUUGAAAGGGAUGCCGGCAGCAGAGCCCAAGCAUGCUCCACCACCAAAGAAGGCGACGCCCCCGCCUCCACCUCCUGUCUCCGCACCGCCCGUGGUGAAGAAGGCGCCCCCUCCACGACGACCCUCGACAUCCUUCCCUGCCCCUCGACGCAACGAUGUUCCAGAGCCGCUUGCCCGCCCGAAACGGGAAAUCCACCCGCCGCCUCCCAAAGAUCUUCCUUACGAGCAUAAGGUCAACCGCAAACCCAAGCGGGUUGUUGAUGAAAGCAUGGCGGAGCAGUUCAAGUUCUGCAGCAAGCUGCUGAACGACCUGUUCAAGAAGCAAUACUACAACAUCGCCCAUCCUUUCUACGAGCCAGUCGAUUGGGUUCGUAUGGAAAUUCCGUCCUACCCGAAGAUUAUCAAGAAGCCGAUGGAUAUGUCAACAAUGAGGAAGAAGCUCGACAACGGCGAAUACGCGACACCCCAAAAGUUCGCCGAAGAUUUCCGUCUCAUGCUCCGAAACUGCAGUACCUUCAACCCUGUCGGUACUCCGGUGUGCACUGCCGGUCAGCAACUUGGUCGGGUAUUUGAGGAGAAGUGGAAGGCCCUGCCUCCACUCAGGCCAACUCAUGUCAGCGACGACGAUGAUGACGAUGACGACGCCGACGACAGUGAGGCCGAACGACAACGUGCCAUCGCGCUUAUGGAAGCGCAGAUCGAGACCAUGAAGGGUAACCUCGAAGCGCUCAAGAAUGCUGCACGAAACAAGGAGAGGAAGAAGAAGAAGAAGGAGAAGAAGGAACGAGAGCCUCCUCCACCACCUCCCCCUGUCAAGGCUGCUCCGAAACCCGCCAAAGCGCCAAAGAAGAAGAGCAGCAGUAGUAAGAAGGCCAUCGCCGACGACGACGUUCUUACUUUCGAGCAGAAGAAGGACUUGAGCGAGACCAUCGGCAAGCUGGAAGGGGCCAAACUGGAGAAGGUUAUCAACAUUAUCCACGAAGGAGUACCGGAGAUUCGUGACAGUACUGAAGAGAUCGAGCUUGAAAUCGACCUUUUGCCAGCCUCCGUACUUACGAAGCUUUACAACUUCGUCAUUCGCCCUCUCAAGCAACCACCGGUCAAGCGCAACCGACCUGGCAAGGGUACGGGUACUGGUGGUCUCAAGCGGAAGAGCAUGGAUGAAGACGUCGAGGCAGAGAAGAUCCGCCAGCUCGAGCAGAGGAUGGCACUCUUCGAUAACCCCAGCGUUUCCGCCCCUCCCGCUCCUCUACGUCGAGCAGACGACAGCGAUCACUCUUCGGACUCGAGCUCUGGUUCGGACAGUUCGGGAAGUGAUUCAGAGUAAUUUUAUUCAUAUUCUUGGACUUUCUUUCCUUCUUGCUUCGACUUGCGCACCCUCUUGUAUUCAUUAUAUCCCCGACUUCAUCGUAGUAAUGUACAACCAACUGCUCUCUCAAGAGGGCCUUCCUUCUUUUCUUCUUUGCUACUGAUGAUGCCGUUAUUCACCGUAGUAGUACCAUCAUUCAAUUAUCCAUUGCAUGAGCAUAACGUCCCAGUUUCAAACCAAUUGUAGCUAGUUAGUCGUUUCUUU